UACGACGUAUAUAUUAACAAAUGAGAAUCGAUUAAUGUUAAACAUAUUAUUUAUUUAAAAUAUUAUUUAUUACGUUAUUUAUUUUAUAGAAAUAAUGAUAGAAAAUUUUGGUGUUUCGUUAUUUGGUUAGAAUGUCGAAGUAUUCGAAUUUGAGAUUUCGUCGCUAGAUGGCACUGCAUUGCGCCAUUCAUAUCGAGUUCGUUCAUUCAUGAGUAAUGCGUUUUGAAAUUCAUUGAAAUUUUAGAUGCUUCAUCUACGCGAAUAGCAGUUUAUUUUUAAGAAUAAUAAUAGAAAAAUGGCUCAAGAUAAUAAUACCGUGUCAUUCAAGACAGCGCCAGGAUUUUGUCCAGAUUGCGGAUCGAUUCUUCCUUUGUUAGGUGACAAGGGCAAUGUAACUUGUUAUUCCUGCAAACGAAGCUGGGGACAUGAAGUUUUUGGCGACAUGGCUAUGACCUAUACUAUAUCUUUUAAAUCAAAGAGUUCAUACUCUCAUACAAAAGAGACGGAUGAUAAUGAUCAGGAUGGUGAUGGUCCAAUAGUCGAACGUCGAUGUCCACAGUGUCAAAAUGAAAAAAUGUCAUAUGCAACAUUGCAAUUAAGAUCAGCUGAUGAAGGACAAACUGUGUUUUAUACAUGUACCAAGUGCAAAUUCAAAGAAACAGAAAAUUCGUGAUUUGGAUAUGUUUUGGGUCAUUGUAUCUUUGAAAUGAAAAAUUUUAAACAUUAGAAUUUAAUUAAUUUCAAUACGAUCACUCUCUUCUAAUAAAACAUAGAACUUUAUUUAUGAUACACUCAACAAAUGAUGAAUGAGAAGGGUAUAUAAGUAUUUUUAUAAUUCUACAGGGUCAAUAGUACAAUUUUGUUAUAACAAUAUAUGGAUAUCUUAAUUAAAUAGUAAUUAAGUAAUUUCAUAUAUACAGUAUGUCAGCAUAAAAGGUAACAAUUAUUUUAAUAAAUUCAUUUUGAUCCACUUUUAAAA